AUGGCCCGAUUUCAACCUCUUCCUUCUGUCGUCCAUUUCACUCAGCUGUUUGGUUCUGUUGCCAAGAUGAAGGAAUAUUCGACCGUCAUUUCUCUGUUUAAAGAAAUCCGCGAGCUGGGUAUUCCUAUUAAUGAUUAUACGCUGAAUAUUUUGAUCAAUUGUUUCUGCCGGUUGAAUAGAGUGGAUUUUGGGUUUGCUACCUUGGGUAUCUUCUAUAAGUGUGGUUAUACUCCGGACGUGACUACCUUCACUACUCUAAUAAACGGGUAUGUUUUAGAAGGUAAGACUUCUGAGGCUGUGAAUUUGUUCAGAAGGUUGACGAAAUAUGGAGACAUUGAACCUAAUGAAAUCACAUAUGCGACGGUCAUAAAAGGGCUUUGUAAAGUAGGAGACACUACAAUGGCUAUACGGUUACUCAGGAGUAUGCAAAAAUGGAACAGUAGGCCUACUGUUGUGAUGUAUAGCACUAUCAUCGACAACCUUUGUAAGGACGGGAACAUAGAUGAUGCUUUGCGCCUCUUAUCGGAGAUGAGAGAGUGGGAUAUUAUGCCUAAUGUGGUCACCUACAACUCUGUGGUUGAUGGCUUAUGCAUCUUAGGGCGAUGGGAGGAUGCCACAAGGAUGUUGAGUGACAUGAUGGAACAAAACAUUUUCCCUAAUGUUAUAACCUUCACUAUGUUGGUGGAUGCACUUUGCAAGGAGGGAAGGACCGAAGAAGCGGAGGAUAUACUGGAUAUUAUGAUUCGAAGAGGUGAGAAACCCGGUGUUAUCACUUAUAGUGCACUGAUGGACGGAUAUUGUUUGCGAGGCCAGAUGAAGAAAGCAAAAGAAGUGCUCCCUAGUUGAUAAGGGCCUUGAGCCGGAUAUCCGUUGCUAUAAUAUUUUAAUCAAUGGUUUUUGCAAUAAGAUGAAUAUAGAUGAGGGCAUGGAUCUCUUUAGAGAAAUGUCACAUAAACGGUUAAAACCUGCUACUGAUACUUACAACACUUUGUUAAAGGGGUUGUUACACGCAGGGAGAUGUGAUGUAGUAGAUUAUAUAUUUCAUGAGAUGAAGUGUAGCGGUCAUAAUCCUAACAUUUUAACUUACUCAAUCUUGUUAGAUGGAUUCUUUAAGAACCAAAAAAUUGGCAAGGCAGUAGAGGUGUUUCAUUCAAUGCAAGAUCAAGGAAUAGUUCCUAAUGAUGUUAUUUAUCUUAUCAUCAUUAAUGGAAUGUGCAAAGCUGGGAAGAUUGAAGAUGCUCGAAAAGUUUUUGGUAUCUUUUUAGCUAAAGGAUUGAAACCCAAUGUUAAGAUUUACAACACGAUGAUUAGUGGACUUUGUAAGGAGGCCCUGCUGGAUGAAGCUGAGGAGUUACUAUUGCAAAUGGAUAAAGAUGGGUGCCCACCAAAUGAAGUGACUUUUAACAUUGUUGUUCGAGCAUUCCUGAAGAGGGGAGACACAGACAAGGUUAAGAUACUUCUACAAGAAAUAAUCAAGAGGAAUUUCAAACCAGAUGUAUCUACCAUGUCCAUAGUAGCGGAUUUACUUACAGUUGAUGGUGAAGAUAGCAAUUUUUUAGAAAUGAUCAUGAGUCUUGUGCCAAGGGAGGAUAGAAAGGCUGUGUCCCAAGAUUAAGGGAUUGAUUUGAAGGUAUCAGAUUAUGGAUGCUUGUGCAAGUGACAUGGAAGGAUUUAUGAGGUUCUAUGUUUUCAACUUUAGGAGCAAGUUUGACCUUUUCCAUUGACCUCUUCUAUUGAAAUUUGCCUUUUGCCAGUAAUUUUGCUUGAGGUUAAACUAUAAUUUUUGUUGCGGAGGCAGAAAGUGUUUCACUUUGGGAUAUGAGCUCUCUGGAUUCUCAGGCAUUACUGUCUAUUUCUUCUUACGGUCGGAAAGUGUCUGCACGUCAUGUGAAUAACUCUGAUGCAGAACCGGGAGGAGGAGUAAGUCAAAGGUGAUACUUCUACUUUGUUGCUUGUGUUAGUUUUCUAUUAUUUGCUUGUGGCUGGUUCACUUGUCUGCUUCAUUUGCUCCGCCAUAGCAUGAUCUCUUCUUAGCAAUGAGUGAAAGUGGUUUUAAGGCCAUCUCCAGCCCAAACUUUUCUUAGCUUCAUGUUAAAAUUUCAGUAAAAGCUUCGUUCGAUAUGAAGCACUCUAAUGGGUAAGCUCAGAUUAAGCAUAAAUCAACUUAAAAGCUCCACUGAUGCACAACAGUAAUUUGAAAGCCACAAAGUACCCUUGAAGAUUUGGAGUAAAAGAAGAACGAGCCUGCCUUGAUUUGAGCUUAAAAUGAUAAACAACACACAGAAAUGAGUUUUGACUAAUGCACAGCAGAAGGUUUGGGUAAAAGGCAAGGAAUUGAGAUGCCUUAUUCAUACUGGAUGUUACUUGUCUCGUGAUGUUCUAUUUCGAAUCACUGCUUUUCUUUUUAGUUUAUGACGAUAAUACUAGCAUUGAUUGGUAACCAAAUAUAAGUAAAACUUUUACAAUGCUCUCUUACCAGUCCUAACCUUGUACAUUCUUGAAAUCCAGAGUAAGUUCAUCUGAAGCAGAAGAAAAUGAUGGAAUCUUAUGCACCCCUGAUUCCAUCAUCGUACUAGAUUUCUGCCAUCCAUCUGGCAUAGGUCUCAAAAUCCCAAACUUGGUGUCAAUGCAAUGUCGGUUUUCUCUCGCGGAGAUUCCAUUUUUAUUGGCUGCAAUAACACCAGGUCAUCGGUAAUGAAGCAACCCCAUCCUCAGGUGCAAGAGUUUUCGUUGCGCAAACAGAUGCUUUUAGGCACUUACUCUUUGCCAAAAUCCAAUGCGCGCUCCAACUACACCGCCUUAAUGCAAGUCUGGGGAAAUUCAAACCACGACAUGGGAGUUGGUGGAUUGGGACUGUUCGUUUUUUAUGGAUCAAAUGAUGAUGGAUUGCAGCAGUCUCUCUCCACAUAUUGCAGUAACUUACAGAAGGUGCCCUUCUUUUGAUUACUCGGUGUCCCGUGUUCUCCUCAUAACAAGAGAUUGUCCGGCUUUGUGGAGGUACUUGUCAUGAUCAUGAUUUAUGCUUGAAACCUGUUUAACUUAUUUUACCCAAAGUGGUGAACUAUAAGCGUGAUUAGUGCUGGGGUACUUGUCAUGAUCAUGAUUUAUGCUUGAGAGCUGUUUAACUUAUUUUACCCAAAGUGGUGAACUAUAAGCGUGAUUAGUGCUGCUGUUUAUGUUAUGUUCAAUGUAGGAGUAAUAAGUUUGCAUUUUGA